AGAAUUAAAAUUCGAGUGUGGGUGUAUCUGAAAAUCGACAGAAGAAAUAUUUUUAAACGGAAUUUUAACUUUCACAAGGUAAGUCAUAUCGGCGUGAAAUACAUUUAUAAGUAUGAAAAACCGAAAUCAGUGGAAAAAAUGAUAAAAUCCUGUACGAUUAAGAUAGUCUAACAAAGAUAUUACAUAAUUUUCAAUCAUGUGCACGUGCAUGAUUGGAUUGCCGGGGCGCAGGUAAGGACGAUGAGAUGUACACACCCAGGUUAUAGUCAUCGUUGUUGUCAAUACACUGCCUAUUAAUAGAAAUUACCUAACGCAAAAUGCCUUAUUCUCGGUAUUGAUUGGUUAAACGUGACCUCCAACAGGUUCACUGGUAAACAUAGCUUUUUUAUUCGUCUGUGACGUGACGUCAAAGCGGGGAGUUCCCCCGAGUUAACGCUGACUUCCGGGUCAAGUUUGCUUCUGAUUCAACCCAACCGCAUUCCGCGAUACGCAUGGCUGUCUGUGUAAAAAAUGAGAUUCAAGUGUUUCUGUACAAUUGUGAUCGAAUAAUCUGGUCUAUAUUCAACACACAGACUGUUUGUUAAGACAACGACAGGGUUGUUACUGAGUGGGCAGUAUAUGGUGAUUGGGGGUAUUUUUAUCGACGUGGGAGGGAGCGCAGUCAACAGACACCCUCAUUUCACUGGAUCUAUUUCGGGAGGUCAGUAACGGAAAUAAUAAAAUAUAUUGUUUACAAUGUACCCACGUGAUCAAUAAUGCCUACAGUUAUGACUCAUUAAUUUUUAUUUUGAUACAUUAUGUGUACUAUGGCAAGGGGAGAGCUAAAGAGAGAGAGAGAGAGGGGGGGGGGGGUUACGGUCAUGAUAUGGUAACAGGUUGACGCUGUGUGUGUGUGACACUACUAUCUUACUCAUGCAGUGUCUCUCUCACAGUCUAAGUAUGUUACUGGCUAGUUAUGGACAGUAUCUGUUCUCCUCAGAGACAGAAAGAUACAUGUAUGAUAACAAAAUAUUUUAUUUCUUAUUUGUGUCUCAUAUUGUGUAUUAAUAUUGAUAAGACAUCAUUUUAUGUCACUCGAAAUCUACUAAAUAUCAAAUAAACACUGCCAUAAACAGCAUUCUUCUCAAUUUAAUUUAUUCCGGUUAUCGAAGAGUAAUUGGUGUGUGACUGUGUGUACCAUUAAAAGCUCUCUAUUUUCGACAGUUUUCCGUGGUACAUUUUUUUUGUUAAAAAUCGCAUGCCAUCUCCUUGUCCUAUGAAGCACCAGGGGGUCAGAUUAACAAGUGUGUGUCCCAAACAAACUCAAACAUAAAACCUAUUCAAACUUCACUCAAUGUUUCCGGUCUUAUGUCAGGGCUUUAUAACCGCUGAGCUACCCGCUUUACAAUAUGACUCUUCAUGUGUGAAAUAGCAACCAAGUUUUCAAAUAUUUCAGAACAAUUGAUUUGUAAGGGUUUUAGACUGUUUUCCGCAUACACUCGUUUAUAAAUAUAGUGUUUGCAGUGCAUAUAUCGUAGUGCUGGGUCACUAGAGCAAUGUGCACUAAGAGCAGGUGCCCGAAAUGUCAGCUUUAAAGAAAGAUCAAAGGUAUCGAUUUUUUCAUUAAUUACAAAAAAACUCGCACGUCAUUUCUGUUUAAUGUUAACGGGAGCGUUAUCUUUUUUCAUAAAUAUACAGUGUGUGUCCGGGACUCCGGGUUUGCUUUUCGUUAGUCCCAGACACAACAAAAUACAGUGGCGUAUUUAUAAAGUGUAAAGCUGUUUAAUGUCAUUUUUGGGCUGUAUGUUACGUAAGCUUGGAUGUGAGGUUCGUGGAUCCCUGUUCUAUAUCUGGUUGAUGGAUGAUCCUGUACAUAAUGAACUCCCACACGCGAAAUGGACUCGCCAAGUCGUAUAGAGACCAUUCGUAAAUUAAGGUAAAUUGUAAUUACACGUGUACACGCGAGAGAGAGGAGUGGACUCGCCAAGUUAUAUAAAUUAGGGUAGAUUGUAAUUACACUCAGAGAGAGAGAGAGAGAGAGAGAGAGCAGUGUACUUGUAAAGUUGUAUGAAAUAGGGUAAAUUGUAAUUGCACCAGAGAGAGACUAGAGAGAGAGAGAGAGAGAGAGAGAGAGAGAGAGGAUUGACUCACCAAGUUAUGUAGAGACCAUCUGAAAAUUAUGGGAGAGAGGGUGGGGGGAGAGAGAGAUGGUAACUUGUUUGGUGACAUUGGUCAGUGUACUGGCCGCCUGAACUGGGCCUAGAUAUGAUAUAUAGUUGCGUGUCUAUGUCUUGCCUAUUUUGUCAGAGAUACAAUAUGAAGGCGAGGAUUUCAAUAAAGUUCAUUGUAUAGACGUCCGUUAACGUUAGGUUUGUACCCUGAGAAUGCACACAGUGAGGGGACAUGGAGGUCACAACCCUCCCUGUCGAUACUUAAAAGUUUAGGUAUCACCCUACCCCCCCCCCCCACCCUUUCGGACAGUAAGUGUCAUCUCUAAAAUCGUAUCCCCAUUGAGAAUAUUUUGUCUAUGGUGUAGACGGAAGGCUUUACACAAAUGUGUAUCAAAACACUACACCAUGAAUUUGAUUAAGGAUAUUAAAUAAUUCUUAAGUGAUUCUCUUGGAAGAAGAGGCGCUUUUCUUGCGUUUAAAUAAGGAAGUUCUAGCCGGAAAUGAUAAAAACCCAACUCUACUAAAAAAAAACCAUUCACAGAGACUGGUGAUCCUUUAACUUGUAUGUAUAUGUAAGUUGUAGAGCCCUUUGUUUGAUUAAAGGUCUCUGAUGCUGCUUUUGUGUAGAGUAAUUUGUGUUGUACUUAUAAACGAGGAAGAUUUACCGGGGGAAAUUUCCUGGUACACACACAGAGUGAGCCCAGUUUCUAUCAAAUUGUAUCAAUCCAAGUUUAUUGACCAUAGCAUGGAAGAUGCCCGUUCAUGGACGGCGUCACCGGCUCUCUCCGAUUCGUCAUCUCGUCUGUCUGAUGGCGGGGAACCCCCCAACAAGAAGUUCUGUGUAACUAAGCAACGGGGGCCAGUAAUGGAUACCAAUGUGACACUGUGGCAGUUUUUGCUGGAGUUACUGGUCGGGAACCAGCACGGUGACAUCAUCCAGUGGACAAAUACGGAGGGAGAGUUCAAACUGAUUAACGCCGAAGAAGUAGCUAAGCUCUGGGGUCUUCGGAAAAACAAGUUGAACAUGAACUACGACAAACUCAGCCGAGCGCUGAGGUACUAUUACGACAAAAACAUCAUUAAGAAAGUGAUGGGGCAAAAAUUUGUGUACAAGUUUGUGUCUUUUCCAGAGAUUGUUAAAACGGAAAAUAAAAUUUCUUUUCGUUCAAUGAUGGAAAACAUGACGAAGGAACACGGAUGUGUCAUGCCACACUUCGCUUCUUACGACGCAGCCAGAAUAAAGUCGUCUGCUACGUUUGCACUAAAUCAGCCUAGCAUUGCGGCGUCCGUGGUGAAAACAGAAACGCACAAUAUCGGUAACGUAAGAUACGCGAACGCCACUCACACAACCCUUCUAAGGACAUCCCCAUCUUCAUCUCAGCCCGUCAUCUUGAUCAAAUCUGAGCCGCAAUCAUUACCUUCCUCUCCGCAGCCUAAAUCUGUAUCUCCCGUGUCGUCUGCUUCCAAUCGUCAGGCGUCGACGUCAUCAGCCUCGCGUCCCAAGCCUACGCCCCUCAGUCUCCCUAUUCACGAUCCGUCUCUUCAUUUCUCAACUGCCAUCUCCACAUUUCCGAGUCCGAAAGUUACAAUGUCCACGGGUCUGCCCACACCAUUGAUGCUCGCUAGUCCGGUGAUUGGUCCCAGGACUCCCUUCCUCCACUUCUGGAGUUCUCUUAGUCCAAUAACUACCAUGAGCCCCCGCCUAGGUGGACCAGCAUCAGCUUUCCAGUUCCCAACUUUCGCUACAAAUCACAUGACACUCUCUCCAAUGGCGACCUUUUCAAAUGUCGAGUCUCUAGCCACGCCUGCCUUGACGUCACCAACUCGCUCAAUUUCUUGUGUAUUAUGACCAUUACCGAAGACCGAGUCCGAUGUGUAAUAUUUUUUCACGGUGCUAACGGGACCAAUUUCAUGUGGGUUUUUUUUUUUUUUUUUUUGAUAAUAAUAACUGAACAAACUACAAAAUGUUAGUAGAUGGUCAUGAUCUUCAACCUUUAGGUCAUGUGAUGUGGUUUAUCUCAAUCUUUAUUUCAUGUGAUAUACACGUGAUUUAUUUUUGUACUUAUGACGACACUUCCGAUGUUUGUUUUUGAAUGAUAUAUAUAUUAUAUAUAUACUUUAUAUUUUGCAUUUUACGACAAACGCCCUGGUGGUGAUGUUCGUGCCUGUACUUCCUUUAAUAGUCGCUUAAGCAUUUUAAUACUGUAUUUUCCAGUAACGUUGGAUGUGUAGAUUUGUAUAUUUAUAUUACUGUUAUUUCAUCAUGAAGUCCCAUGGAAUAGUUUUACACAUGUAUGUACACAUUUCAGUGACAAUUACUAAAUCGCAAACAA